UACAUUUACAUACAAAUAUAUAUUCCGCGAAAAAUUCUGUUGUUGAUGUGCGCUCUACUGCUUGUUUAUUCGUAUGUCAGGUCAAAUGUACAUUUCCUGUUAAAACAUUCAAGAGACCGCAAACAUGGACGAAUAUGAUGAAAUGUACGGGAUUGAAGAUUAUUUUGAGAAACUAGGAAGUCAUGGCUGAAAUGAAACGCGAACAUCCUUCAAGUGUAGGCAGUAAGAAGCCGAUUCCACAGACGUUUGAGGAAGCCAUUGUGUCCGGCUUUCACCAAAGUCAGCACUCCAGGAAUGCCCUUCUUGCCAUGUUGAAUGACAUCCCACCCGCUAUACAGAGCCGAAUUUCUAUGAGCAGUCUCUGUUUGGACAUCCUCAGCCUUCUCCUGGAGCUCAUCUCCCCCAAACUGAAGCCGGUCAAUCCUCAGCUUUACAGCACUAGGGAGAAGCAGCAGCUCUAUGAUUUGAUUGACACCAUGAUCAACUUCAACCUGACUUAUAGACAGGACCGCACAGUAGAGGGACAGUACACUUGUUCUGGAGCCGUGAGUACAUGCACAUACACAAACAACUUUACCCUGAUCUACAGACAUAUUGUUCUGUUGGCACUUAAGUUAUGCAUCUCAGACUUCAUCACAAGAAUACACAAUAACACACACAGAGAUUCUGCAUCUGUUUACGUGUUCAUCACGAUUUAUGAGAGAUUAAGCUGCAUCUCCAGAUUAUUGUCUCUCCCUCCCCUACUCUUCCCCAUUUUUAUUAUUCUUCGUCCACUGUUUCACUUUGGCGAUUCUCUCAGAUGAGAACUUGGAGGUUUUGUGUUACUUGCCUCAUUGCAUGGAUGCACAUGCUCAUCACUUAAAUAUUUACAAAGACCUACAAUCCUCUCUGUGGCUUACCGUGUCCUAGCACUCACAAUGAUUGAGGGGAGUGAUGCUGACAGUGUUCACAAACAAGCUUUGACAGUCAUGUGUGGAGCACUUGCUGCUAACCCUUUAAAAGUCUUCUUGGUGGAGCUAAAGGUGGAUAAAAACCUGGAGUGAGAAGAUAACCAAGGGAACACUUUGGGCCAUUGGAUUGGUUUUCAGACGAAUGAUGCAGCAGUCGUUCCUGCAGGCCCGCUGCGAGGAGACGCUGGUCACUUCGGAUUGGGGGAUUCCUCUGCUGGUCGCCCUGUUGCUGCUUCUGCUUGUUUAUGCCUUCCUGUAUCUUCCUGCCAUCUCUUAUCGAGCUCUGCUUCAACAAGUGCUGAGUAACCACACUGAAGCCAUGCCACUGGAAAAUAACAAGACAGACUGAGGAUUGUACAAUUCCCAUGCCAAAUGUUGAAUGACAGUGAAAGCUAACUGCAUUUCCAUUGCAUUGAGGAGAAAUGGUUCAGCAUUGUUAACCAAGAGCAGGCCUGAAGGGAAGAAACAAUCACAUCUCACUUUUGUAAUUAAUACACAGCAAGCAUUUAUAUAUAUAUA